UUUAUGGUGGGAGUGUCCGUUGUCCAGCGAAAACGAAGAAGACGUCUGCUUCCGGUGACGUCACGCCCGAUUUGUUUUUGUCUUGUGUUUUCCGGUCCCCAAACGAAUUACUCGUCGUCGUAAUGUCCGAUUUAAACCUGUUUUUAGCUAUAAGCGUGGGAAAACUACGCAACACGGGGGAGUAUUAACAACUAAUUUAUGCGAUUGUGUUGCGGUUGGGUGAAUAUUUGGGCCGUUGUCGCAAGACAGUUAGCCGCAUUUAGCUUUCCGCUAGCGGCGCCUCCAUGGACGGCAGCGCCAGCGUGAGGAGAGCCCUCUGCGGGACUCUGGUGCCCGCCUCCGUCGCCGCCGUCGCCCUCAGGCCGGAGCCGGCAGACGCCGACGCGGGGAAGCCGCACAAAAAGGUCCUCAACGAGGAGGAUUACAUUGAGAGUUUGGAGAAGAUAAUCCAGAGGGACUUCUUCCCAGAUGUCACCAAACUGCAGGCUCAAAAGGAUUAUCUGGAGGCAGAGGAGAGCGGAGACCUGGAGCGCAUGAGAGAAAUCUCGAUCCGCUACGGGAAGUCCAAAAACACACCCCAAUCCUCUGCACCGUACGUGACGCCGGCUAGCUUUGAGACGCCGGUGGGCCGCGCGGGAUCGCCGUCAAUCUCCAACCGAGGCGUCGAUGCCGAAAGCGUGGCGGGCGACAAGCCUGAGGAGAAGGAGCUGCCUUCGCUGGAUCGCUUCCUGGCUAAAAACACGAGCGAGGACAACGCGUCCUUUGAGCAGAUCAUGGAGCUGGCCGAGGACAAGGAAAAGAUGAAGCACGCGUGGUUGUAUGAAGCUGAAGCCGAGUUCAAGCAGCGUCACGAGAACAACCUCGCCUUGCCGCAAGCAGAGAAAGCCGCCCUUGAGUGUGUCAAAGCCGGCCUGGAAACGUGGGAAUAUAAAGCGAAGAAUGCCUUGAUGUAUUACCCGGAAGGCGUCAAAGACGACGAGGCGCUCUUCAAAAAGCCCCGCGAGGUGGUCCACAGGAACACGCGCUUCACCGGCGACCCCUUCAGCAAGACGCUGAACAAGAGUCAGAUUCAGCAGGCUGCAGCACUCAACGCGCAGUUCAAGCAGGGUAAGGUGGGACCGGACGGCAAAGAGUUGAUCCCGCACGAUUCUCCCACGGUGAACGGGUACGGCUUCGAGAGGACGCCGUCACCCGCCCCCGGUGUGGCCGAAUCUCCUCUUAUGACGUGGGGAGAAAUUGAGAGCACUCCGUUUCGCUUGGACGGAUCCGACACGCCGUACGCCGAAAGGAACCACGGCCCCUCCUUUAAGAUUCCCGAGCCGGGGCGACGAGAGCGACUGGGUUUGAAAAUGGCCAACGAAGCGGCCGCCAAAAACCGGGCCAAGAAACAAGAAGCCUUGAGGAAAGUCACAGAGAAUCUGGCCAGCCUGACCCCGAAAGGCCUGAGCCCGGCACUGACGCCGGCCCUCCAGCGACUGGUCAACCGCACGUCCAGCAAGUACACGGACAAAGCUCUGCGGGCCAGCUACACGCCGUCGCCGUCGCACCGCGCCGCCGGCUGCAAGUCGCCCUUCGGCGGGGCGGCCACGCCCACCGCCGCGCCCACGCCCGACAAGGCCAAGACGCCCGGCGCGCACGACGAGUCGUCGCUCACCGACAAUCUGCUGCAGCUGCCCAAGAGGCGGAAAGCCUCGGACUUUUUCUAACGGGACCUUUCGGCGGACUAAGUGCAAUGUCCAAAAUGGAUUUGCCGCAUUUUUGUGUCGGAAGCUGGUGGCUGUAUUUUAUUUAUUUGUUGUUCACACCUCCCAAAAUAGCAGCAGUCCAACGCGUAUCCAAGAGCUGCCAUCAAAAACUGUGCGUGUGUGUUUCACGCUCAUCAAAAAUAUGACAAUGUCUUUCUAUGUUCCCUUCAGCCAGACGUUCCACUUUUUUUAAAUUAAAAGAGAAAAUUGGCCAAAGUUGCGCUUUAAGGAUUAGUAUCUACAUUUUUUGACAUAACCCGUUGCUCUGUUUUUAGUUUUUGUAAUCUUGUCAAAUCGGAAACUGCUUUCGGGGGCUAUCGUAGUGUCAACAAAGUAUUGCGACGUACGUAAUAAGGGAGGAGAUUGGAUUCUAUGAGCUACAACACAGAGGAAAAGUAGUGCAACGGCGCAGCGCAAUUAGAAACCUUUUCCUGGGUCGAAUGUCCUGCAAACCUUUUGACAAGUGUACUAAACGGAAACGACUUUUUAUUUUGAAAAUAAAAGGCGGCAGGACAUGACUUUAAAAUAAACAAAUGGGCCAUUUUAUUUCUACAAGAGGUAAUGGAAAAAAAACUGCCGAGUUGAAGCAAAAAUUACAGGACGGUUGAUAAUUGAUUGUAAAUUUUCACUAUGCCGUAUAAUAAGACGAUAUUCGAUGCAUAACACAUUUUCUUGCAGCCAAAAAUAUCAACUUUUUUUUCAUAAAUAAGGCCCAUAUUUUGCUUCUCCCAGUUGUACUCGAUGCUCCCUGAUUCAUAUUUUUCUAUACUGCUGCAGUCACGUUUUUUUUUGCCCCUUCCUGCCUUAAUAUUGAAAAUAUCAACUGAAGAUCAACUUUGCCCUUUUGUCUUUUUCUGUUGUAUUAAGAAUGUUGAAAAAAAAUAAUUUUAUAAGAGAGUAGGAAGUACAGACACCUGGUUUGAAAUUCAGGGAGAAAAAUCAAGAAUAUUCUUAAACACA